ACACACAAUAUUUCUUCUACAUUUCUUACAUAAUCAAAAUGCAGAAAAAUAAUCAAAUUGAACACGUGUUCACAACAUAUGCAAAAUGCAUGCAACACGUGACCCACCCCCCGAUUGAGUGGGACAUCAAAAAAUCCAUGUUCAUAUUCCAUUCAAAAUCAAAAACUACUUUAUUCUGGUAUUUUCACUUAUUUCUCUUAUUUCUCACCAUGACAGGCACCUUGAUCCUGUUUCUGUCCGAAAUCUUCGGAUCAACCCCUGCCCCACAGACGUCCUUGCUGAUCAUGCACAUCACAAUCUCGUCCCUGUUUCUGCUACCAUUGGCAACAGUUAUUGCAGUUGUACUAUAUGGUGCGCAGUACACGGCGGGAAUUAAUUCACUCUACACAGAAUUAACAAAACUGCACGGAACUGCUGGUUCGUAACACGCGCCAAAAAUUUGAAUUCUUUAAAUCUUGUAUGCACUGUUAGAAAUUUGGUUUAGUCACGCAGGCAUUGAUUUCUCGGUAUUAAAGUUGCCACCGGUUGGUAUUAAAAUUGUACCGGUCCGGUACCGGUCUACCAAUAUGGUAAAGCUUUAAUACGGAGUAGUCACUACACCGUAUCACUUAUCAAUACCACCAGAGUCAUAUGUACAUGAAUACCGCUUGGUACUAUUUUAAUACUGGAUUUCUAAGAGUUUACAACUUAUGACUAAAUAGGUGCCCACAAAUCUCUCGCAUUGGAGGAAGCCGAUCUUUACUACAAGAUGGCGUCACCUCUAAUCGUCCUGACCCCUCUAUACCUUCCACCCUUAAUUCUUGCCGAUCUAUACUUACAGAUAUCCCCCCUCUUUUACAUUAUCGACACUGCAAAUUUUUCUCGCAAUACGCACAUAUUUAGUAAACUGAUCGCAUCAUACGUGACCAGUACAAUAUGGCUGGAAGGAUUCAGACUUGCAAUCCUUGGCACGACCGCAGGGCUCGUGAUGUGCAAAAUGCUGACUAAAAUGUUCAUAAUUCUGCUCGCUAAGAAAAAUCGGGGCAAUCUGUACCACCUAAUUUUACAGUAUAGACGCAUUUUCAUAAUUUUCGAAUACAUGAAACCAAUGGUGUCAUUUGUGGCGGCGAGUUUUUUAUUUGCCGGAUUAUGUAUUAUUGUCGGUUUUUGGUUCACGGCGAUAAGAUUGUACAAUAGUUUUCCGCUCUGGAUUUAUAUGAUGUUUCCGAGCGGAGUAUUGAUCCAAACCGCCGUGGCAAAUAUGGUCCUCGUCGUCACAAUUGAGGUGCAUGAGGGGUCGGAUGCUUUGAUAAGAAAGUGGGCCACGUGGAUAAGCUCGUUCCCAUCGGUGAAGGAGAGGAAGCUAAUGAAAAGAAUGGUAAGGUCGGUGAAAUUGGUUGAGUUAAGUGGUAGAAUAAAUGAUUUGAGAUUGUUUGAUUUUAGUAAAGGGAUUAAGAUUACGUAUUAUGAUAUUUUGUCCACGUAUACGAUUAAUUUAUUGUUAGGAGUACCUUACUAAAGAUUAAUCGUUGAAUAUGUAUUAAAAACUAAUUAGGGUAAAAUAAACGAAAUCCUGAAUGAGCGAAAAGGACAAAAAAUCAAUCAACAAAUCUGGAUUUAAAACCAGUUUGAAACUAAAUAAGUACUUAACUCAUAUUUAUUGACGCUUGAAUGACAGAUACCAAAAAUGAAACACAUUCACUUGAACACAUAUUUAUAAAAAAUGCAUACUAAACCGGUCGAAAUUCUACUUUAAAAAUGAUGAUCAUAUAUUGAAGCAUGACAUUGUAUUCGAAGUAGUUAGAAAUAUUAAGCAUGUAACUGUAUCUGUUCUACAUAAAUACUUAAAAAUUUUGAUAACAGGUUUAGACUCAAGUUUUUAUAUCAGUAAAAUACUGAUGCAAAACGACAUACAAAAGUGUGCCAUAAAAUUAAUGACACCACUUCAAUCAUUUGUCUCAAUCAUAAUCAUGAAGAUUCAAGUAAUUUUCAGUCUUAUUGCAAGUCUUCCAUUCUGUGCGAAUUUACUGCUUCCUUUUGCAAUCAGUUUCAACCCAAACGACAUAAAAUUCUAUUUAGUAAAAAGUACAAGUUAUAAAGAAGAAAUUAAUUACUCGGAUGAAUUAUCGUUACGUAACAGUUACAUUCACUCGGAGCGCAUCUAUCCGGUCGGAUAGGAACCGAAAUUCAAGAAAUUAUGGGGGGCAGAAAGUUACCACGAAUUACAGGACUCGAUCCGGCUGGACCUCUAUUUGAUUUCAACCCAGAAUGGAACAUUGACAAGAGUGAUGCAUACUUUGUCGAUAUUUAUCACUCAAACGCCGGCCUCGCCGGUGAUACCACGUUGAAUGGGCAUGUCGACUUUAUGUUAAAUGGCGGACAUGAACAACCUGGUUGUAACAUCAUAACGGACGUGUUGGCUUGUAGUCAUACUUUGGGUCUAUUUUUCUUUCCCGCUACUUUUCAAAAGGCAUACAUCGGAUGUCAAUGCUCUAGUCGUGAGUUGGACCCGACCAAUUUUCAGUUGUGUCUGGCACAGUGUCCGAAUCCGGUUUUUGCAGGAAUAUACACACCUCACACGACACGUGGCGAGUACCAAGUGGACUUCCCUAUAAAUAAUUAACCGACGAUGUGCAGCAUAUUGUACGUUGUACGUAUGCGUUUGUUUAUAAUGGUCGUAAACAGAAUAGAUGAAUUUUACUUUAUUUGGGUGAAGAUGACUGAAUGAAUCAUGAAUUGCUUUAUGCUGCAAUAUUUAAAUGAAUACAACACAAUUUUGACCCUUGUAUAAAUACCUACAUAUAUGCAUUUUUUGGUCAAUCAGGCAUUAGAACAUGAAAACCUUAGGCAUAAUCAUAUCAAACAGUCGAAGGGUUGCUUUGUUUUUUAACCAACUUUUGCAACUUUUGAGACCGUAUUAGGUGGCCUAGGCAAACUGGUAGUGAAAUGAAGCGCUGUAGCCCUAAUUUUUUUUUUACAGAUUUCUUGUUAAUUUUAAUUGAAAGCCAAUUAAUUUCUAAUUAGAAAAUAAUUUUUAUAUAAAAUUUCGAAAAUAAGUUUUCGAAAUUUCCUCCCCUACAUUAAUGCAAUGCUGAAGAAGUAGCCUCCAAUCUUCGAUCAAAGUGCGCACUGAAUCCGUGGACAAAUUGUUUCAUUUCGUGGUCAAAAUUUUCUUUAACGCUUCCACACUUAUGUAUAUAAGACAUAUAUAUAACACACCUUUGUCCCUAACUUUCACCAUAUUUCAUAAUCCUGGGAUUCGAGUCCACCAAGGAGAAUGGUCGAUCCGAAGUGGAGGUGAAGUCCGGAAUUUGUAUUUUAGCCACGCUUGGAUAAUUUUUUUGCACUAUGAUGCGGUAACUAUAGGUAGUUACAUAAAUAUGGCUAAAAAAUAAGUUAAGAUUCUUAUUUUUUGAAAAUAUCUAUCAACAUCAUGUUUAUAUAUUAUCUAUCUAUAUAUUGCGCAUAAAUGUUUUAAGAUGUAUGUAUAUCCAACUGAAUAAUUUUGAUAUUUAUAAUUUUUUACCUAUCAAAAAU